UAAACCCUAAACCGCCACUUCCCCACCCAAAUUCUCGAUGGAAGCGGACGAGGCCCCGCCGCCGCCGCCGCCGCCGCUGUGGAAACAGAACAAGUCUGCAGCGGCCAUCGAGUCCUCUUCGGGACCCCUCGCCGCCGCCGCCGCGCGCCUCUCCGCCCGCUCCCGCGCGAUCCCGCUCGCCCGCGACUUCCAUUUCUACAACAACUUUCCCUCGUUCAAGUCCCCCGUUGGCGCCGCCGCCACCAAAGCCGAGUCCUCCCUGGGCAUCCUCGGCGAGUCCCCUCUCCUCCCGAAGCAGCAGGAGACGCCGUUCCCCCAGGAGGACCUCGACGAGGCCUACGACUGGCUCGUCGCCCGCAACGACGACCUGCUCGAGAUGUUUGGCUCUUCCGCCGACGAGUUCAAGGCGCGGCGGGAGAAGGAGGAGGCCGAAGGCCGGAAGGACGCGCCGCAGGAGAUAUCAGGGGAUGGGUUCCAGGUUGUUUACGGCAAGAAGAAGAAGAAGAUGGGCAUGGGGGAGGAAGAAAUUGGUAGAGGUCAGACCUUUGGGGCUUCUGGUUCUGUGAAGAUGGCUACCAUGGACAAGGCUGCAGCAUCGGGGACAAAGGCAAAGGUUCCCUUCCACAUCCCCAGCAUCGCACGGCCGCAGGACUUGUACCGCAUUGUGGUGGAUAAUACGAGCAAGCCGUUUGCGCAUGCUUUCCUUGAGCGGAGCGAUGAUGGUUGCCGUGCCAUACACCCACUGGAAAAACUCCCUAUGGAGCAACUAUUUGACAGACGUGUUCCUGAAAGUGAGCCAUUAAAACCACCUGCUUUAGAUGACACCCCUUUUACAUUUGUCGAAGACCGGAAAACCUUGGAGGUGCUGGCGACGAAGCUGAAAAGUGCAACUGAGUUUGCUGUUGAUUUGGAACACAACCACUAUAGGUCUUUUCAGGGUCUCACGUGCCUGAUGCAGAUUUCAACAAGAACUGAGGACUUUAUUGUGGACACUCUUAAGCUCCGCAAAUAUCUUGGUGAGAACUUAAGAGAAGUUUUUCAAGAUCCAACUAAGAAAAAGGUAAUGCAUGGCGCAGGUCGUGAUAUAAUAUGGUUGCAACGAGAUUUUGGAAUAUAUGUAUGCAACCUUUUCGACACAGGCCAGGCUUCAAGAAUCUUACAGAUGGACCGCAACAGCCUGGAGCAUCUUUUGCAUCAUUUCUGUGGAGUGGUAGCAAACAAAGAAUACCAGAGUGCAGAUUGGAGAUUGAGGCCACUUCCUGAUGAAAUGACCAAGUAUGCUAGAGAAGAUACACACUAUCUGCUGUACAUAUAUGACUUAAUGCGUUUGAGAUUGGUGAACGAGUCUUCAGAUGAAAAUGAUCUUCUUUUGGAGGUUUGCAAGCGGAGUAAUGAAAUUUGCUUGCAACUAUAUGAGAAGGAGCUGCUGACUGAUUCAUCAUACCUAUACAUUCAUGGAUUGAAAGAAAAUGAAUUGAGUGCAAGGCAGCUGGCAGUUCUGUCUGGUCUAUAUCAAUGGAGAGAUAGUGUUGCUCGUGCUGAGGACGAGAGCACUGGUUAUAUAUUACCCAAUAAGGCUCUACUUGAGAUAGCAAAGCAGAUGCCUUUGACCUCUGGGAGGUUAAAAAGAACAGUAAAAUCAAAAAAUCCAUUUCUUGAGCGCCAUCUUGGUCAUGUCAUUACUAUCAUCAGGAAUGCAAUUGAAAAUUCUGUUGCUUUUGAAAGUAUAGCUGAGCAACUAAAGAAAGGAAGGCUGGAAGAGUUACUGGUGGCAGAUGCGAAGAACAGCACUGAAGACACUGAGAUGAUUCCUGCUGUCAACGCCGAUAAUAUUGAAAGUAAUUUUGUUCUGAGUGAUGGAUCUGCUCUAGUUCCCACAGUGAUUACAAAUGUUGUUACUGCUUCUUCCGGGAAUGUUACGAGCGGAGCUUCUUUAGGUAAUUUGCAGCUUGGUAACAUCACGCCUGAAACCAAGAGCUUGGUAACUUUGUCCGGCCCUACUGGACUAGCAGAUACAGAAGUACUCACUAACAGCAGCCAGCAGCAAGUAGCAAAGGCCAAAGUUCAAGUAUCGAAGAGACCUACGGCUUUUGGUGCUCUGUUAGGAAAAUCAUCUUCUGGAAGAAGGCCAAAUCUUUUUCCAGGGUUUUCAAGUGAGCAGAGCAAGAGUAAGGUGGACAAGAUAAAGUCAUCCGUGGUGCUACCUUUCCACCAUUUCUCAGGUGGUGUGAAAUCCCCGGCUACUAGCCUUCCAGUAGCAGAGUUGGCGUACUCCGAACCGGAGAGCAUAUGUAAUGACCCUGCUUCUCAGAUGGAAGAAGUGAUUCAGUUGGACACUGGAACACAUAACCAUCUUCCAGAAAACUGCAAUGUAGAUGGACAGAACCAUUGUGAACCUGAAGACACCGAGAUGUCUAGCUCCCCUCGCGAGCUAUCCUCUGGUAAUGAGCAACGCUUCCGGUCUAUCAAUGAGAGCAGAAACGUUCAACAGAACCACAAAGCAUUGGAAGAACCUGAAUUUCACGACCAGCUGAAGCCCUUCGAUUAUGCCGAAGCUAGAAAGAAUAUUUCAUUUGGCGAGGUUAAAUCUGAGAGAAGAAAAGACAAUGCAGUGGCCAGGGCAAUCAAUAAGGAUUCUGGAGAUAAACGGAGAACUUCAAAACAACCAGGUGGCGAAGAGGACGAGGGGGAUUUCCAGAAUCCACGAAGGAGACAGGCUUUCCCACCUUCUGGCAAUAGGAGUGCUACGUACCAUUAGUAGCUGAGAACGUGAGAUUCAUAAUAGGCAUUGUGAUCGUAAGAUAUAGAGAUAGAAGAGUGUACGUGGGAUGAGCAUUAUCUGGCAUUCACCAGUAAGCUACCGGAAUGGAAAUAUUUUGGAAACAAAGUUUGCUGCUUUCUCAUGUUCUUCCAUGUGAAACUAUGGAGGGGCCCCAUUUUUGCUAGUGGGUGACUAACACAAAAUUGAUGAAACUAUUGCUAUGGAACUCGUGCAUGUGAACUCGGUAAUGGAAUGUUGUUCUCGCAUGCAAGAAGGGAAAAUGAAACUGACUC